CGCAGGUAUCCAUACAGCUGUUCCUUGCCGAGUCGCUCGUCAUUUUGCCCCACCAUACACCAUGCCUGUGCCGGCGAAGCUCCGAGCUACAGCCUAAGCAGCUGCCCCUCCAAUUUUUGGAGCUCUUUCAAACCACAUCUUCUUUACAACUCUUCAAUUCAUACCAAAUUCACACAUCAAUUGUAAUGGCUCCUCUCAAGGUCGGUGACUCUCUGCCCGAGGGCGUCAAGUUCGAGUGGGCGCCCAUUACCGACGCCGACCCGACUGCCUGCGGCCGUCCCCAGGAGUACGACGCCUCCAAAGAAUGGGCUGGCAAGAAGGUCGUCCUGGUCUCUGUCCCCGGCGCCUUCACACCCGGCUGCCAGGCGCACCACCUGCCCCCGUACAUCCAGAAGCUGUCUGAACUGAAGGGCAAGGGCGUCGACGUCGUUGCUGUCAUCGCGUCGAACGACUCGUGGGUGAUGAAUGCGUGGGGCAAGGUCAACGGCGUCAAGGGCGACGACAUCCUCUUCCUCAGCGACACCAAGACAUUUUUCUCCAAGAACUACGGCUGGGCUGCUGGCAUGGGCGACAGGAACGGUCGCUGGGCUAUGGUCUUCGACAACGGCAAGGUUACCUAUGCGGAGAACGAGAGCAACCCCGGCCAGGUCACCGUUUCUGGUGCCGAGGAGGUCCUUGCUAAGUUGUAGAGAGCUUGUGGAAGGCGUUCGGAUGUGUUAGAUGCAUAGACUUGGCCUCACAAAGGAACGACUCAGAUAUGAUAUGAUAUCAUGAAAGAAAACCACACACUGCUCUGUUGAGUAGGUAUCCUGGUCUCGAAGAAUGAUUUUGUGAGAUGCAAGCUGUUGAAAGUUUGACCUUUAUCUGAAAUUGUGAAGUUCACAGUAGAUACGCAUGUAUUCUGCUGUUGUAACGAGUGUUUCAGAACAGCGCUUGUACUUAAGCCUUUUCGGUCCAAUUGCGUCUGUCCUGUCGCAGAUCUGAUAUCAGACCGCUCGUGAAUUAAGUGAGGUUGUCCUUUGACUUUGGC